AUGAGUUUGAGGCAAGGUGGAAGAACUGGAUUGAUAGAUUUGGCCUUUCAGGAUAAUGAAUGGGUCACCUUUCUGUAUGAGAAUCGGCACUUGUGGGCCCCUGCCUUCCUUAAGGACACCUUCUGGGCUGGGCUCUGUACUGUUAGCCAGCGUGAAAGUCAAUUCCAGGGUGAGCUAAAGGCAACCAUGCAUUGUCAAGGUCAGCUGGAUGGGUCAGCAUCUUCUUUUAUAGUUAUUGAUUUGACUGAAGCAGGGAGUGAAAUGCUGAAUAAAAAGUACGAGGUUGUUCACUGUAUGGCAACAAACAAGAUGGAGUGUAACUGUGGCCUAUUUCUGUUUAGUGGUAUUGUUUGUCGGCAUGCAUUAUCUGUGCUUAAAUGGCAGCAAGUAUACGACAUCCCCCCUUGUUAUGUACUUAAGGCUGACUUCAAGCAGUUGCACUACCCAGAUAAUCCACCAAAGGAUUUAGCAACAAGUAAUCACGUCGAGCAUUAUGAUUACAUUUCUUUGCAGUUUCUUCGUCUCGUUGAGAUUGGGAUGACAUCAGACGAGAAGUAUAGGCAUGCAGUAAGGCUUCUUAAAGACAUGAAAGAAACCCUUCUUGAUGAUAAUCUGUGCCGUGAUUUGGAGCAGAAACUUACACCAGCUGAGCGUGCAACUGUGAAUGGUGACAACCAUACACAACCUGGUUCAUCUGAGGGUGGUCCAGCCAAAAAGCGGCGAGGCAGUCCUCCUAAAAAGAAUAAAGAGAUAAAUGUGGAUUCAAUGGAAGAAGUCCAUCCAAGUGAGCUGUCAUUUGAUAGCCGUUAUGGGGUGCUGCAAUCUGGCCACUCGCACCAUUUUGGUAACCAGCUAAAUGCAGGAAACACUUUGCAGGAAAUCGGGUCAGGGAUCCUCCUCUGUUUGGACUUUGGAGCACCGAGGACUUUAGGAUCCUCCAUUGUGGUUGGAAUGUUGAGGCUUGGGAGAUGCUCUGGUGGUUUCUUUUGUAGGAACAUAUAUAGCAUCAAUCUUACCCAACUAACACAUCAUCUCAGAAAGAACCUGUCAUUCGUCCCCAGCUGUGGCGAGUGCUAG